GCAUAUGAGAGCCCACGUCUGGGAAUACCAGUUGAGUGACAAACCAAGGCGACUUCUUGUGGGUGGUACUAAAGCUCGCCAAAUCCUGCUCGCAACACCUCUCCUUAAAUGGUACUUGGAUCAUGGACUUCAAGUGACUAAAAUCUAUCAGGUGGUUGAGUACAGAAAGAAAGCUUGCUUCGAGAGUUUCGUGGAGGAAGUCAGCGACGCCAGACGUGCCGGGGACGCUUGUAAAGACAUGGCCAUCAUCGCCGACACCAUGAAGCUCAUUGGCAAUAGCGGUUAUGGUUCAAUGAUAAUGGAUAAAACCAAACACCGCAAUGUGUUUUACGUGGAAGGGGAGAACAGGGCGUGCUUCGAGGUCAACAAACCGCAGUUCAGACAAACCAUGUGUCUGGACGACGACGAUCAAUAUUACGAAGUGGAGGCGGCUAAACAAAGAAUCAAACUCGACCUUCCUGUGCAAUUGGGUUUCUUUAUUCUGCAGUACGCCAAACUAAGGAUGCUGCAGUUUUAUUACGACCUUUUGGACAAAUACGUGGACCGCUCCGACUUUGAAUAUAUGGAGAUGGACACGGACUCUGCGUACAUGGCUAUAUCAGCGUCGAGUCUCCAGGAGGUCGUAAAGUCCGAAAAGCUGGCGGAAUACCGGCAUGGACUCACGGGACUGUGCGACGAUAAGUACAAUCCCGUUGGAGACCGCUGGUUUCCCCGCGAAUGCUGCGACAAGCACGCCAAAUAUGACAAAAGAGUGCCCGGACUCUUCAAAACGGAAUAUGAAGGUGAGGAGAUGAUAGGUCCUCUGCUCUAAGACCUACA